AUGUUUAGUGAAGAUUUAUAUGAUGAGAUACUGGUUGAAUUAACCAAACUUGUUAGUGACAUUAGUCCUGAUGAUAUCAAAAAGCUUUGGGUGAAAAAAGUAUUAAAAGAAUCAACUAGCAUGCAACAUAGUGAGAAUUUAGUAGAGACAAGUAGAUCAAAUGUUAGUAAUAAAUCAAUUGACACGAAUAGUGUUGAAAAACAACAAAUAGGGAUAUCAAAUGAGGAUUCUAAAAAAAACAAGAAAAAAUGUGUGUAUAUAUAUGGUAAUUGUGGUAAAGAUGGUCAUCAUAGAUCUUGUUGUUCUAAUAUGAAGUGA